UCAGCCAUUUGUCAUAGUCAGCUCACUCAUUCCCAUAAAACCACUUUUUUUCUCUUCAUUCCCCUUCCCCUUCUCAUCUCCACUGCAAAAAAUUUCUUAUAAAUUCUUAUAGUUCAGAGUCGCCACUGAUUGACAUAAAUAUAUGCAUCAGAACAUUUAAUUAGAUAAUUAAUUAUGGAUGGUUUACCUGCUGGUUAUCGCCCCAACGUCGGCGUUUGUCUCAUCAAUCUUGAUAACCAGAUUUUUGUAGGUUCUAGAUUGAAUGUUCCAGGAGCAUGGCAAAUGCCUCAGGGAGGUAUUGAAGAGGAUGAAGAACCUAGAUCUGCAGCCAUGAGGGAAUUACAAGAGGAAACUGGAAUUGUGUCUGCUGAAAUUAUUGCUGAGGUACCAAAUUGGUUAACAUAUGAUUUUCCUCCGGCUGUCAAGGCCAAAGUAAAUCGUCUUUGGGGAGGUGAAUGGCAUGGGCAAGCACAGAAAUGGUUUCUGAUGAGGUUUACGAAAGAUGAGAGCGAGAUUAACUUGGCAAAUGGUGCAGCAGACCCAGAAUUUGCAGAGUGGAAAUGGACGAGCCCUGAAGAAGUUAUUGAGCAGGCUGUGGACUACAAGAGGCCAACCUACGAAGCAGUUGUAAAAACUUUCAGGCCGUACUUAAAUGAACCUGGAAUUGCAGCUAAAUGUAAAUCUUCAAAGUGGUGAAUGGUGUGGAUGUGCUUUUUUCAUUUAUUCAUUUUUUUACUAGGUUUCUUCGUGUUUCUUAUAGUAAGAAUUUGGGGUCAGUUUCUGUAAAUGGAUGUGGCUGUUGGAAAUUUUCAAAAGUUAGAAGGUUUCUUAAUUGUAAUAAAACUAUGUGAAAUCAAUUCUCAUAGUUUAUAGUCCUUAUAAACAAGAAUUAAUAUAUAUAAUAACUAAUAUAGUAUUAUAUAUUAUUUAA